UUUUACAUUUAAUUUAAUUUAUACGAGUGAUAAUAAUAUGGGGCCUGUUUUAAACAAGGCCACUCCACUACACCGCCCUGCUCAGUGGUUCGCCCUGCUAGGGAAGUUGCAGUCAUGGGAGCUCUCUCUCCGGCGCCACAUUGGCUUCCUCAUGACGACUAUGUACUAAAAAGCGCCGCCGAGGCUGGUGCUUCAUUAGAGUCACUUGCUAAAGGUGCUGUGCAGUUUUCCCGUCGAUUUACUAUUCAAGAAUUGCACGAAAGAUGGAAGUCUCUGCUAUAUGAUUCAGUUGUUUCAGAACAGGCAUCAGUCAACAUGCUCCAAUUUGAACGAUCUUUUUCACAGCCAUCAAAACAUAUGAAUAGCAGCUUUGACAAUGAUAAUGAAGACAUCAAUGUAUCUGUUUCGGGGAAGAGACAAACCGAGAGUGUCAAAAGCUGCUAUUAUUCCAUGCGGAAGAGAAUCCGCAAUGAAACAUUCCUUCCUUCCAUGGAUAUGGAUUUUGUUACUGGCUGUUCUGAUCAAUUUGGUGAGUUUGAAGUCCAGCUAUUACAUUCACCGUUUGGAUAUUCACCUUUGUCUGAGAUGCCUCCACACUGUAAUAUGGGAAACGAUUUUACGCUUCCUGUUGAUGAUGGAGUUAUUAUCCCAUCAGAACCUUGCAAAAUGGAGGAUCAGGUGGGAAUUUCCACUCCUAGCACUGAUGAUCUCUUAGCGCAAAUAGAUUCCAUCCUCAACUCCACGAGUGACGAUGAUAUGUACCCAAAAGAUAAUAUAAAAAAUGAAUCGUAUUUGGACACUUACGGGUCACUUCUGUUGGACUUUCCAAACAAUGGAGAAGAAGCAGAAAAUGAAGAGAAUAUGGUAUUACCAUCCAUGGAACCAUCAUCAGCUCACAAAUCUCAGUAUCUUCAUUACGGUGGUGAUCAAAUGCUAAUUUCAUCGGCUCUGAGUGUCAAUCCCGCAUGUCCAGAGCUGCGUAACGGGGUAAUAUGCUGUACCUUAAACACAGAGGAUCCGGAUAUCCCUAGCAACGAUGACGUUUUCCUUCCCGUCCUGAUUCCAUCAACGCCUUUACCCUCUGCUAUACUGUGCAAAUAUGACGAGACUUACCGUCCGGUGUUAAAAAGUGCUCCGGAUAUCCAAAUAAACAACAACGGAUGGUCUUACUCGAAGAUGAUUGACAAAAGUAAUGUGGUGGUACCCAAUAAUGGCCUAAUAGUCUUACCUAUUAGGGACACCUGGAAUGCGGUAGCGAGCAACACAAGCUUGAACGAUGGUCUUAAAGUAGUGAUUUCACCGGGAAGAAUAACCUGUACUAAUACAAUAUGUGCCCUACCUGUAGUGGAAGGAAGCGAUCACACAAAGAAGACUGUUACCAUCCAGAAGGAAUUAGGAGGUUCCAAGGAUACUCCAGAAAGGCAGGAAUUUGGAUGUUCUCAUGACCAGAGUGAAAAAAAGUCAAUGUUGGAUCAGAAAGACUUGCCCGAUGAUCAUAGUGACGAGGAAAUACCUUUUUUUUCAGAUAUUGAGACAUUGAUUCUGGAUAUGGACUUGAGCCCUGAUGACAAAGACAUCUCCUUUAAUAAGAAAGUUGUAAAAUAUCAACACCACCAGGCUAAAAGAACUAUAAUGAGACUGGAGCAGGCAGCUGAUGCUCAUAUACAAAGAUUAAUUGCGUCUCGAGGAGCGUUUGGUGUUUUGUAUGGUCGCCGUUCAAACCAUUUUAUUAAAAAACCAGAGGUUUUAGUUGGGAGGGGAACUGCAGACACAGAAGUUGAUAUUGAUUUGAGCCGAGAAUGUCGUGGUGGUAAUAAAGUUUCCAGGCGGCAGGCAAUUAUGAAGAUCAACAUGGAUGGGGCUUUCGUAUUGCAAAAUGUUAGCAAAUACUCUAUUCAUAUGAAUGGGAAAGAAAUAGCACCCCUCCAAAGUGUUCAUCUUACAGCAAGUUCUUUGAUUGAGAUAAGGGGAAUGUCAUUUGUAUUUGAGAUGAACCUGAACCGAGUAAAGCAGUUUCUUGAAGACAUAGUCAGGGAAAAUGAAGUUUGAAAAAUUGCUCAUUAGGUCCCUGAAGUGCCGAAGUUUUUCGCCGCGCUGUAAAUAAAAUAGUUAAGUUUUCUUAUAUCUUUUUUCCCUCUAAAUCUGUAUAGAUAGGAGUUCUAUGUGCAUCAGUAGGAGAAAGUUUUCUGCAUUUUUCUUCUUCCAUUCCACAUUUCCGUUUACCAAUAGAUAUGCAGUUAUCCUGUGAAUAUAUCAAGUGGCAAUAUUACCAAACAGAAAAAGAGAAAGCAUCUGAUUGCUAUUUUUAGGUCGGUCCGGCAGGCUGAGAGAAGUUAGAAGUUAUUUAGGAAGCUGUUGAAUUCUCGGCAUCAGUGUGUAUAGUUUUUAAUGGAUAAUACACGUCCUGUUUAUGACCUUUUAGUGUUAUAUUUUCUUUGUCUCGUUAAGAUUGUCUCAUCUGCCCUUUUUGGUCCGUUCCACUAAGAUGGUCUCAUAUCAAAUUUGGUGGAGUUUGUGUGGUUUUGAG